AUGACUGAGACUUGGAAGAGCAAACAAAAGGCCACAAAAUCCUCAAAUGAGUGUAGCGUCACUGUGAAAACUUUACCAACCCACUCGACUUCACCCACACUUCCACUGACUGACUUUCAGAGGAAACUCAUCACCAUACACCCCACCCUCCCGCCCUUCCUCUUCACUGGCAGCGAAGUGAAGGUUUGGUUCCUCUCCUCGCACUCUGAGUCACUUCAGCUGUCUGUGUAUAAGGGAGGACUGGACCAGGGGUGGGGGGACAGGGAGCAUCUCCCUGAGGGAGUGGAGGAUUCUGCAACGCCACGGCCAGCAGCUGUGAGAUGUCUGCUGAGUUUACAAGGGCCUGAACAGCAUAAGAUGAGAGCCAGUCCACCGCUAAUCGGCUCUCCUCUCUCUCCACAGGUAGGCAAGCUGAUCCAAGAAGCAGCAGGAAAGAGCAAUCUGAAGAGAGUCACGCUAGAGCUCGGGGGAAAGAGUCCCAACAUCAUUUUUGCAGAUGCUGAUUUUGAGUUGGCAGUCGAACAGGCCCAUCAGGGUGUUUUCUUCAACAACGGUCAAUGCUGCACCGCUGGUUCCCGUAUUUUUGUGGAGGAGCCCAUUUAUGAUGAGUUUGUGCGAAGGAGUGUUGAGAGAGCUCGGAGAAGGACACUGGGAAAUCCCUUUGACCCAACCACUGAGCAGGGACCUCAGGUGAGUCUGGAGCAGCAGAGACGUGUUCUGGAGAUGAUUCAGUGCGGCAUCACUGAGGGAGCCAAACUGGAGUGUGGCGGCAAAGCUCCUCCUUCUAAAGGCUUCUUUGUGGAGCCCACGGUCUUCUCCGAUGUACAGGACCACAUGCGCAUUGCCAAGGAGGAGAUAUUUGGGCCAGUUCAGCAGAUCAUGAAGUUUAAAACGAUUGAAGAAGUGAUCGAGAGAGCCAACGACACAGAAUAUGGUCUGGUAGCAGCAGUCUUCACCAGAGACAUCAACAAGGCCAUGACAGUCUCUGCAGCUGUGCAGGCCGGCACUGUCUGGAUUAACUGUUAUAAUGCCCUGACAUGCCAGUGUCCUUUUGGAGGAUUCAAAAUGUCCGGCAAUGGUCGUGAACUGGGUGAGAUCGGACUGAAAGAGUACACAGAGGUGAAAACAAUUACGAUGAAGUUGUCAGGAAAGAACUCUUAAAGCACAAACAUGUACGUUCCUAGCAGCGUGAAGAAGUCUUCCUCUGAGGUUAACCACUACCCUUUAUCCUUCGGUUGUCUAUAGUGGUAAAAUGCCACACACAGUAACCACCCAUCACUUCUGCAUUGGAGCACCUGUUCUGCUGUUGUCAUGAACUACCCUUCAUCUUCAUCCCGCGUCCACCACCGUCACCAUUAACUGCCUACACCCAUUCCAGCUGUGACCUCCCUUCGCCCGGCUCCACUAACCAUACUAAAGCACUCGGAGUCCCGGUGAAGGAGGGCUACACAUUAGGCCACUGCACCAGCAGCAUGCAGACAUUAACAGACUGUGACAGCUCUCUCUGAUGAUCUCCUAUGUUAAGUGUUUUUAUACACUGACUAAAAGGAGGUGUCAUUCUCAAACCUCAUUAUUAACUUACCUUUCCACUGGGUAGAAAUCAAGUAGGUAUAUUUGUUUUUUACUAAGACCACUGAAGCUCUCAGAUAAAAGAUGUUUUCGUUGAAUGAGUAUUAAUUCUAAAAUUUGUGUAAUUGCUUUAUGUGUUUAUUUUUUCAUUUUAUUCUUUGAUUGUUUUUACAAUGUAUAACUUUGUCGAUGUCUUGACCAAUGUAAGCAAAAAUGAUUUACCUCAAAAAAGAAAGCAGAAAAUCAGUGGUGUGUAUUUUUGACAAAUGAUUCCUCAUUGAUGCCCAUUUAUUGUUAGGUUUAAAGAAUUAUGUACUAUAGAAGUUAAGAUAUAGAGAUAAUUUCUUCAUUAAAAUGUUUUACUCAAAGUA